AAACUGACGUGUCGGGGAACGCUUCCAGUGAUAAGGAGCCGCGCAUAGAGGAGUUUUCCAAACUUUAAGAAGUAUUUUGUCUUUUUCUUAUUGUUGCGACGUGCGUUGUUUCAGCCAAUGUUGUGUUGUCAAACUUCUCGAGACUCAGUUUCUGAAAGACUGAGUACCAGCUUUACUUCAAGGCAAUUGUUGUCUUUUCUUUAUCGGAUUAUAUGCAUGUCAAUAUAAGAACGAUGAGAUGAGAUUCUCUUGCACUGGGCUGAAGUAAAUGCUUCACUGUCAUGGAAUGUGGAAGCGCGAGCUUUUUUUUUUUUUUUUUUUUUUAAAUCCCUAAAUUUAUUUACAGGUAAUUGUGCUGAGCCUUCAUAUUUUGUGGGAAACAAAAAGCGAUCUAUUUUGACUGUCAUAACCAAAUCUGAUUUGUAAAAAUAUUUAUAAACUGACUGAGACCUUUUCUGAAGCGUUUUUAUUUUGUUUUACUUAUUAUUAUACUUAUGGUUCUACCAAACUUUUGCACUUUUUUGCGGUGAGUGUCAAAAUUCUAAACUUAUUUUUAAAAUUAUUAUUAUUAUUAUUAAUUUUAAGUAAGUUCAAUCUUAGCGCGAAUCGCAUGAGGCUUUGCUGGGUUGUAUCUACUGGCCUGAGUUUCAACUAAAGACUUCAAACAUGAGGGGAAGGUACAUGCUUGGUUUCACAGUUUUGUGUCUGUUGACAUGGUCGGUUUAUGUGUCAGAGAGCAGCCCGACAGAUAUACAAGCCAAGCUCGGGCUGAUGUCCAUAAGACAAGCAAGACUCGACAAAUCAAGACAUAGUCAGAUCAUUAGAACAGGAUCAUGGAUCAGUGACCGACGCCAACAAAUACUGGGAGAUGAGGGCAUAAACAUUACCAGCAACGGACACUCCAGAAUAGUCUUGACACAAAGGAGACCAGCACAGGGUGGGUCUAGGAAUCCAAUUCAGCAAGAUAAUGGAACACCUGCAGCCAGGGCCAGAGUAUACCGAAUGCCAAGCAGCACUGGUUCUCCAAAUUUAUUGGCCUCAUUUGCUGGGAAGAACCGCCUGCUGGUCAUUUCAGCACCUCAUGACUCUGAAGGCUACUACAGAUUGAUGAUGAGCCUUCUCAAACCAGAGGUUUACUGUGAGAUGGCAGAGCGCCACAUGCAUCAGAUUGUGAUAUUUCACCAGGAAGGGGAGAUGGGUGGGAAAAUCCGACGUAUUACAAAUGAAGGCAAAGUGAUGGAAGAGCCUUUAGAUACGGCCCUCAUUCCCAGGCUCAUGAACUUCCUUAAAUUAGAGAAAGGGAAGUUUGGAAUGGUCCUUCUUAAAAAGACCCUACAGGUGGAGGAGCGCUACCCAUAUCCUGUCAGACUGGAGGCCAUGUACGAUGUUAUCGACCAGUCGCCUAUGCGCAAAAUGGAGAAAUUGCGUCAAAAAGGCUUCGUGCAGAAGUGUAAAGGGGCUGGGGUUGAGGGUCAGGUGGUUGAGGGGGUCCCCAGCAUCAGUCCCCAGGUUGAUUUACCAAUGGAUAGGAGACCAGAGAGAAAAGAGGUGAGGAAACCCAUCCGGAGACAGCCACAGGUGACAACUACAACUACACCAACUCUAACGAGACCAACAACCACUACCACCACCACAACUACCAAAGCAACUACCACCACCAUAAGACCCACAACUACAACCAGCUCCACCACAACAACAUCAACAAAACGGUCUGCCACAACCACUACACGGGCCACCACCACCACUCAGAGCACCACCAGAGUUUAUACUACCCUGCAAUGGAUCCCAGCCCACAAGACCACUAAUGAGCCCUACUAUUACAACCAUAAGGACAGAUACAAGACCAAAAGCACCACCUCACCCACCACCAUUUCUGCUUAUUAUAGCAAGGCAGACACAGGAAAAUAUGGCGAUAACCGCACAGACAAAAAGGAAUAUGGUCGCAAACAAACCAAUGUCAUACCUACACAACACAAGCCUUCUAAAGUUAAGCCAUCCAAGAAAAAGAAUGGCAAUAAGGGAAUUAGUCAUGCUUAUGAGGAUAAAUACGAUGUAGGAGAACCCACCGAUGGUUAUCCUGAAAAGGAGGAAGAGAUUGUCCCCACCAAGAAAGGUAAGGGCAGGCUGGACAAGACUGAUAAAAAGAAGAAAAAGGACAAGAGUGACAAGUUGUCAAAGAAGGACAAGGCAGAGAGGAGGGGAAAGGAUGGAAAAGGGGGAAAGAAAAAUGGUAAGAAAGAUUUAAAGACCCCUGAGAAAGAAGAAUAUCCGAAACCAACAAAGAGACCACCACCGCCACCACCCAAAAUAAAUCUGGCAAACUUUUUGGACUAUUUUGAAAGCAGAAGGAGACUAAUUUUGAUUACUGUUCCAACGGAGGAAAACAACAUGUAUGUUCAGCAGAAGGAUGAAUACCUGGAACAUGUGUGUGAGAUGGCCAUCAGAAAGAUCUCCAUCAUCACCAUCUUCGGCACUCUGACAAACAGCACCAUGAAGAUAGAUCAUUACCAACUUGAGAAUGACAAACCCAUGAAAGGUCUGAGACAGGAGGAUUUGGAGAACAAGAAUCUCAUCACAGAACUGAGGAAAGAGUAUGGAAUGACCUAUAGUGAUUUCUUUAUGGUUCUUACAGAUCUGGACAUGAAAGGGAAGCAAUACUAUGAAGUGCCAAUUGCAAUGAAAGCUGUGUUUGACUAUGUCGACACGUUUUUGUCACGCAUCAGAGAAAUGGAACAACAGAAACGUGAUGGAGUGACUUGUAAGAAAGAAGACAAGCCAAGAUCAUUAGAGAACUUCCUUUCCAGGUUUCGGUGGAGACGGAGGUUGUUUGUCAUAUCUGCGCCAGAUGAUGAGGAAUGGGCAUAUCAGCAACAGCUCUAUGCAUUGACCAGCCAGGCAUGCAAUCUAGGUCUUCGCCAUGUGUCAAUUCUGAAGCUUGUAGGGAAAGAGCUGGCAGACAUGGGUGGAGUGUUGGAACUUUACCCCAUCAAUGGAACUGCAACAGUGGAGCGUGAAGGAAUAUCUGCAACUCUAGUGAGGGACAUCAGAAACUAUUUCCAGAUCAGCCCUGAGUACUUCUCCAUGCUGUUAGUGGGGAAAGACGGAAACGUCAAGUCCUGGUACCCGUCCCCCAUGUGGUCCAUGGCCAUCAUCUAUGACCUGAUCGACUCUAUGCAGCUCCGCAGACAGGAAAUGGCCAUCCAGCAGUCUCUAGGCAUGCGCUGCCCGGAAGAUGAGUAUGGUGGCUAUGGUUACCAUGAGGGUUACCAGGAUGGCUAUCAUCAGGGUUAUUAGGGCUAACCUGUGAUCCCUGCAAAAGGUUUUACAGUUUCCAUAAAAGAGUUUCAUGUUAGAGAUAACUCAUAAAACAUUUACCUGGUUUUGUAAUAAUUCACUUGUUUAAAGAUACCUCUCCUUUGCGAUAGGUCUAAGAUCUCUUUCACAUCUAUGGACAUAAUCUUUUGUAGAUAAAAGACAUUAACAAAAAGAUUUUAUUUAUUGGAAGUUUUCUGUUUACUAAGUGAUUGUUUUAAAAGUCACAUCAUGCAUUCCUUUUUUAAACCAUGGAUUUGUUUUUCUUUGUUGUAAAGAGCACUGUUGCCAUAUGGUGUAUAUCUUAUAUAUAAACAUACAAGUUGUGCUUGAAUUUCAUUAAAGAUAUAUUACCAUGCCUUUGCACUUUGGAUACAAUAUGCUCCACAUAUUGCAAGUCAUCAUAUAAAAUCUAUUCUCUGCUAGACUAACGUAUAUUACACCUCGAAUUUAUCUUUAAAUGCUUUGUGAUCCCAGAUGGCUUCUUUUUAUUAUUAUUUUCUCCAUUUGUUUAAGGCACUGUGUUGUAACGUAAACAAUCUAACAUUUUCUGAAGGAAUUCUAGAUAAACUGUUACGAUAGAUACAUUUUUUUUUUUUUUUUUUUUUUUGGCUUUAUCCCCCUCUGCUGGUCAGUAAUACAUUGGCAGUUGCCAAAACAUUUUAGUUGUCAAGUCAUUUUUGUUUGUAUAGCGCUUUUCACAACACACAUCGUUUCCAAGCAGCUUUACAGGAUAUCAUGCAUUAACCAAAAAAUAAAACCGAAAAUGU